UUUUCUUUUUCUUUUCUUUGAACAGUGUUGUCAGAAAAGCCAACGACUUUCACAAUCACUGUGACAUCUGAAGCGGGAGAAAAUGAUGAAACUGUCCAAACAACCCUUAAAUUUACCUAUAGAGAAAAAUAUCCUGAUGAAACUCCACUUUAUGAAAUUGUCUCACAGGAGAAUCUUGACGAUAAUGAUGUCACGGACAUAAUAAAACUACUAGAACAACAGGCAGAAGAAAAUUUAGGAAUGGUAAUGAUCUUCACUCUAGUCUCAGCAGUACAGGAGAAAUUAAAUGAAAUAGUGGAUCAAAUAAAAACACGACGAGAAGAAGAAAAGAAACAGAAAGAAAGAGAAGCAGAAGAAGAAGAGAAACAACGUUUUCAUGGCACUCCUGUUACCAUUGAGAAUUUCCUGAAUUGGAAAGCGAAGUUUGAUGCAGAACUCCUAGAAAUAAAAAGGAAAAAAAUGAAAGAAGAAGAACAAGCGGGCAAAAAUAAAUUAAGCGGUAAACAGCUGUUUGAAAUGGAUCACAACCUUGACACCUCUGACAUCCAGUUCUUGGAGGAAGCUGGAAACAGUGUGGAAGUUGAUGAAUCUUUAUUCCAAGAAAUGGAUGAUUUAGAGUUGGAGGAUGAAGAGGAUGACCCUGACUACAACCCUGUUAAUUUAGAUAGUGAUUAGACCUUUUUGAACUGGCUCUGUCAUCAGUAUGGACAUAUGUAAGGAGAGAGAGGCAGACAGGAAAGCCACAGCAUCUGUGGUUUUAGUAAAGUGUAUCGGUUUUCUUUUUUUUUUCUUUUUUCUUUUUUUCCAAAGAAAAAAACCAAAAUAUUUUAAAUCCAGGAGAAUGGUCUUCUGAUGACUUUCAUCAUAAAUAAAUUUACUUUAAUAUUUCAAAUGAAAAA